UUUCCGUUUUCAGAAAGAAUCCACACACGUCGUUUGAUACAAUAAAACUAUUCAACAGUAACACUAAUCGACGAUCUUGCCCUAUUCUUUCCAGGUUCUUGUUUUUCUUUACUUUCAGACAAGAUUCCUGUAUUCAGGCAAGAUUCUUUUCGACAGGAAAGUAAAAAGAAUCUUGUCUGAAUUUCAAGAUGACAAGAAUCUCGUCUGAUUAAUCAGAAAUAAAAGAAUCAGGCAAGAAUUAUAAGAUAUUCAAGAUAUAUUUAACGUUCAGACAAGAUUCUUGUUAAAAGAAAAGAUAAAGAAUCUUGUCUGAAAUUCAAGAUCAAAAGAAUCUUGUCUGAAAAUUAUGAAAAAACAGAAACUGGAAAGAAAUAUAAGAUAUUUUAAAUUUCUUAGUAUUCAGACAAGAUUCUUAUGAUAGAAAAGAAAAAGAUUCUUGCCAGCUUUUCAAGAUCAACAGCACGUGAUGUCGUCUUUGUAUGAUCAAAUAUAUAAAGGCAGUGUCUGAACGUUAUUUAUUCAUUAUUUCAAUUGGAUGUAUAGAAAAAGUUUCCAUUCGAUAUCGAGAAAACAGUGGAAUAUAUGAUAUCUUUUUUUCCAUUGUUUUCAGAAAACUUACACUUAUUAAACACAUUUCGAUAUUUUAGCAAUCCACAUCUUUCUAUUUUAUUUUUUUUAGAUUUUCUUUCAUUAUCCACAAAAGUGUUUUUUUAAUGGACGAAGGAAAUAUUGAUUUCAUCAAAAAAUUAUUGUUUGAUAAUGUUCUUGGUAGUAUAGGUAAUAUCUAUAUGCACUUUAUAUCUUUUUGAUUAAAAUACUAUCUUUUUUAGUCAUCACCACAUACGGAUAAACAACGUCGAUGGCGUGCUAAGAAAAAAGAUCAACAUCAUCGUACUCAAUUAUCUCUACAUCAUUUACUAGUUGAACAAAUUGUAAAUAACUUAUUUUAA